CAACACGGAAGAAUACAUCUUUAAAAGGUUUACCAAAGCUUGAACUAGGGGGAAGUGCCGUUCCCGGAUCCAGGCCGUUGUAACUGCUGUCGGCCAACAGCUCGGAUGACGCGAGGUAGGAGAUUGAAGCAGGCAUAGCUUAAUGGGUAAAGUAUUUUACUUUUACUACCGGACUUAAACACACACUUGCUGCCUAACUGGGGCGCGUCAGUCCGCUUAAUGAGCUUUGACCUUGACAGGACGAACGUCUUUGAAGCAGUGACCGCGCAUCCUUCUAGCACAAGAUAGGUUUUACUGAGUAGCAUAUAGUCUCUGGCAGCCUAGCCCCCACAAGGGGGUCGUGAGCAAGCCGUCAAUUAGGUUCAUUUUCCCCCCUACCCGGAGAGGCCGCACUUGGGUAGGAACACAUAUUCUAGAACGUGAUAGAACUCGGCAACGGACGUGCACCCCCUCCCUUACGUUUGUUGGAGUCGCGUUGACGAUGGACGCUCGCUAUCAUGCUAUACAACAUAGCUAAUUCGCCUGACCCAGCCAUUGCUCUGGACAUCAGCGCCCUAUCAGUUGUAAGGCAUCCAGAAGACAAACAAGCGCGCCCGCUACGUUUUAGCGGCAGUAUGGCUCAAUCAGCUCAUGCGCGCUGUGAAGCUGCAUGGUCGAUCCACGACCGACUGCGGAAUCCUGCAAGCGCAUCUACCACAUGCAUGGACGACAACUCCGACACACGCACGUGCAGCUGCAGAAGAACCAACUGCGGUCCCUGCAAUGGCAGCCAAACACAAUGCUGCCCAUCGUAUAAGCCCAGCACAUGCAUGGGCGUUGCAAGCGGCCAAGCCUGCAGCCACGACAGCGGCUUUGCCGAGACGGGAUCUCCUUCACAUGUAGCCUGCUCCACAACCAGAUCGCCUCACCACCACCUGCAACGGCACCGCUCGGCAGCUCCCCAUUCAAGCCGUAGCAAAGACGGCGGCACGUCGCUGCUAAAGCCGUUAUGGCGGAGCACCACUGCGCCCGCUAUCCUGCUGCUGGUAGUGCUGUGCUCAACAGCAGCACCAGCGGUGGCUGCUGCAGACACCGACACAAGCUUCUCAGCUGCUGUCCCAACUCCGCAACCAGGUUCUCCGGAGUUCUCACUCCCAAGCUUACCUCCGCCGGAGCCGCCUUCACCCGAGCUGCUAGCGCCGCCAGCCUUAGUCAUACCGACUGCAUUGCAGCCCCCGUCUGUGCCCUCGGGUUCGGAAGUGCCAAUAUCGGCACCAAUAUACCCGCCCACACCGGCAUAUCCUCCAUCGCUGCCUGCACCUUCACCCGCGGAGCCUCCCAAACCCGCCAUCACCCGGCCACCACCUCCCGACGCACCACCCCCCUCGGAGCCCCCAUCAGAGCCGCAACCGCCGUCACCUCCCGCACCACCACCACCCUCACCUUCGCCACCCAACUUGCCGCCGCAACCGCCGUCACCGCCCGCGCCACCACCACCCUCACCUCCGCCGCCCAACCCUCCACCUCCAUCUCCGCCACCCCCUUCCCCACCCCCACCCUCACCCCCACCACCCAACCCCCCGCCUCCGUCACCCCCGCCGCCAUCACCCCCACCACCCUCACCGCCCCCACCAUCCCCGCCGCCACCUUCUCCACCCCCACCCUCACCCCACCCGCCGCAGCCUUCCCCUCCGCCACCCUCCGUCCCACCUCCACCUCCCCUCCCUGCACAGCAGUUCAUCAUCACCGUACACGCCGCCCAAGUAUCCACAACCUCAUGCGACGCCAUCCGCACCUUCAUCUACUCCACCAGCCGUACGACCAUCGGUGUCGUACCAACCACCUACAAGUGCAGCGCCGACACAGGCUCCGCGCCUAUCUACACCGCCUACGUCGGUUUCAACACACCGCCGGAGGCUAGGAUCGUGCUCCUCAUGCUGCAAGCCCAGAUGAGCGUCUUCGUAACCGUCGCAGGCGUGGGCUGUGGCGGCACCGUCCUCACCGCCACCACCGAUUACAUCAACUUCUACGCAUGUGCCGCCAACGGUGCCUUGUCAGUUCCGGAGCUGUGCUGCCCGCCGCCGCCGCCAAGCCCCGAGCCCCUAACACCCAGGCAGCCGCCACCCAGUCCCCGCCCUCCGCCCAGUCCCCGCCCUCCCCGGCCCCGGCCACCAAGCCCGCGCCCGCCCCCGCCCAGCCCUGAGCCGCCAUUCCUGGAGCCGCCAGCCCUGCCGCCCUUCCUGCCCCUGCCGCCAUUCAACCCCACCUUCCCCGCUCGCCUUAAGCCACCACCAUCUCCGCCACCCCCCAAGCCCCCCUCGCCGCCGCCCAGCCUGCCGCCACCGUCCCCUCCGCCUCCUAGCCCCUCCACACCUCCACCACCGCCGCCCACCUCCCCUUUCCCUAACCCUCCAUCACCCAGCCCCCCUCCACCCAACCCGCCACCUCCCAGCCCUCCGCCGCCCAACCCACCGCCUCCCAGCCCCCCUCCACCUAGCCCUCCGCCCCCCAGCCCGCCCCCUCCCAACCCACCACCACCAAGCCCACCUCCACCCAACCCUCCACCACCAAGCCCGGGCCCGUCGCCGCCUCCGUCCCCUCCUCCGCCGUCCCCUCCGCCCUCGCCAUCUCCCCCGCCCUCGCCGCCCCUGCUGCCGCCCUACCAGCAGCAAAUGCAGCGCUACCCGGCCUCACCUCCCGACAGCUUGGUCCCGGGCGGCACGCAAUCCAACGGCGCUGGAGGCGUUCUGCCCUAUUCUGCCCCCACAGAUGGCUCCUCCUCCAACUCCUCGAGUAACCCCACCUCCCUCACCGCCAUCGUGGUGGCUGCGGUGGUGCCCACCGUGGUGCUUGUGGGGGCGGCCGGGGGCCUGUACAGCUACUCUAGGAGGCGGCGGCGAGACCUCUUCGUGUUCCACAGGCCUCUGGAGGAGUCCAUGUCGGACCUCAUGACGGUGGAUGUGCGCCUCAGCCGGGCUCCCUCGGGCAACUAAUGCCGCUGUUGGAGACUAAAGGAUAGAUGCAAGACCCGCUGCAAGAUCAGCCGGAGAUCCUUUUCUUAUCUCAGCCCCUUCUUCGGCUCGUGUGCCCCUUCUUUGGCCAGUUAUUUUAACACAGCCGUUUCACCCAUUCUUUUAACAUUUGCGUUGUGGUGUUGUGUUUGUGCUGCUUGGGGUCGUUGUUGAAGGCCCAGCACUGCUGCAAAGAGACCUGCUACAUGGAUGUUGUGCCAUGCUUUAACUUUUGCGCUCCCGUAGACCGUGAUAGAGAGAGACGUGGUGUGUUUCAUGCCAUCUGAUGCCGGCCCCAUGGGCCACGCUAUCUGUGUGGUCGUGCAAGGACGAUGUGUAUUAAAGCGACCGAAUGUGUUUACAUGUGCUUUGCAACAUGCAUGGGGGUUGUGUCAUUUGCUGGUGCAUGUGGGUAUUUCCGUACCUCCCGGUAUGUACGGUAGUUGUACAUGUUACAUGGGUACUCCGCGAGCCUGGGUGUGUGCGUGCCCGGCGCAUGGAAAAGGUCCUUCAGGAAAGCAAACGCACAAGGCGAAAGGCGGGUUUGUGAGUUGAGCGUGGCAAGCUGCGGCAGAGUUACAGUGAACCCAAGUGGGUGUCCGAACUUAAGUAGCCUGAAGUGACGCUUUGGUGUUGUUUCCUUUUCUGGGGACGUCAUAUGGGGAAGGCAAGGGGAACGCGUAUUUUUGCUUUUGGCGUCUGCUGUAUCUACCGUACAUACAUGCUACCAGCUUCUAUGCACAGAGUGGGGGUGGGAAUCGGCUCCCAGUUUUACAAUCUAGUCUUGUAGCCUAGCGCGGAAACCGAGGGGAUUCCUUUUGCGUUCCAGAGCGGCUGCACAUUUACUGUAGAUCUUACAAUACCUGCUACCGGUUGUCACAUCGCCCCAGCUUGGCCCACUGGCUGUUAUGCAUGGGGCGACUUGUCUUGUUCUAAUAUAACGUCAUAACUUUGUGUCGUACAUGGCCUUUCCUGCCCGUUGUAUUUGUUCGGGUGUGCGCCUGUUCCCACCUAGGCAUGGCACCCUUUUCUGUUGUCAAUUGGGCUUUUUCUUUCCCUUUUGUGUUCCUCGCAUACCUGGACAGGCACGCGGGUUGAAUGGGUUAGUGAGCGUUGGGACGUUGUGGUCGUUGGCGUUGGGGAGUGUUGCUGGCUUGGGACCUUGAUCUUCAACGUACGAAAUUCAUGCCGAAUGCAUUUGGUUGCCGCUUACGGUGUUGAGGGACAGCACGAUAGUGAUAGCCCUUGUAAGGAAAUAAGCAUGGCGUGAAAAGUGAGGUAUACACAUGGCGUCCACACCUCUAGCAAUUUACUAGACAAGAAACAGACGCAAAUGGGCCCCCUUUGAAUUUCAAAACAUGAGCAGGUUCCCUUGCGCCCUCACGUUAUCAC